UUGGUUGUUACAGUGUUUAUUGGGGGGAAAUUUGAAAAAAAACGCUAACAAAUCUUUUUGGUGGUUUUGUAAUAGACAUGGGAUUAUGCGUUUCACUACAGACGUCACUUAAUUUUCACCCAUUUUACACAUGUUCUUUUCUUUUAAAUGUGAUAUUUCUCUUUCAAGACCACAUGCCUCCGAGAAGGGUCUUGAUCAGUGGUUCCGUGUUGUCUCUCCAAGAUCCUUGUGUUUUGUAUCCGUGUUGUCAGAACUGCGUGUCCAGGUUGUUCAUAAAUAAGUCUGGAUGUAUUUGCAAGAAGUGUGGUUUCAUCUGUGGAGUGGACGAUGUCAAGUAUAGGUACAGGCUAUCUUUCGGUGUCGCAAGAAACAGUGAUAUAUUUGGAGUAGCAGUAUUCGGCAGCUGUCUGGAUCCUUACUUUGGUGUUUCUGCUGGAUUUCUUCAUAGAUUUAUGGAGGAUUUAAAGAAGGAUGCUGGUGAUAUGGUGCACACACUCUUAAUCCAGGCAGUGAAAGAUUGCUUUGUUGGAAGACAUUUCAUAUUUGGAAUUAAGUUGUCCAGUGUCCAAUCCAGAAAACACUCCUCAUUUGGUGAAGGCCUGGUUCAGACCUCAUGCAGCCAGUACUCUGGUCAGUUUGUUGCCUGCCAGAUUGCUUUGCCUAAUGCAGCUAUUGUUGGUUGCACCGUGAUAACCUACUUGAAGAAACUGCUACAAGCAGUUCAUGUUACAAACUUUCCCAAUGUGUCACAGCAACCUGGGGGCCCUACAGCUGUGGAGCAAGAUGUCACUGUGGAGUUAAACAGCUUGGAAUGUUCAUUGGCACACAGUGGGCAAUCAUGUACACAAUGGAGCAGUGGAGGAAAUGCCAUAGGACCUUGGCAGCAAUCUCCUGGAAUAAUCACUUCAUCCGCAGAAGAACUCAGCCAAGACUCAAGCGGCCGUUCAGAAUGGGGCAGGAGGUCUCUAGAAUCCCACAAAUACCAGUGCAUUUCAAAGUCUUCCAAUGGUGCAUCCCUUCAGCAUGUGUCUUCACAUUGUUUUACCCCAUACAAAGGUGAGAGAAGUGGAGCUGAGAGUAUGACGAGAGAAGAAACUUCUUUAGAAAGGUAUCAAUGUAACUCUGCCUUGUAUGAGUCGAGAGAAAGGAUAAACGCUGAGAAAGCCUUUGGAAGUGACUUUCAGAGUAGAGUGUCAUCUCUGUCAGACACUCCCAGGUCAUUACUAAGUAUGUUGCCGGUGUUGUACCCUCAGGAAAGCCGGUUAAAUGUGCAGGAUGAAUGUACAGACCCUUGUCUGAAUGAAACGUGGAGAGCUGCAUUUUCUGAAAGAAAUGACGGUGUAUCUUUUUUGCAAGGGGAAUCAUCUUUGACUAAAGAAAACAACUAUAAUUCUUUAGCAUGGAAAGAACUUCCAUUCUCAGAAAGUCUAAGUGAGUUCAUUGGUAAAGUAGAAAGAGAACCUGGUGAGACAGCGUUGAAUGCUGUUCAAGAGGCUAUAAAUAACAGUCAAAAGUCACAGAAGGCCUCUUCUGCUGAGAUGCACAAGUCUAUAAAUUUGCAUGGAGCAGAUAACGUCAACAUUCCAGAAUCUUCUCCAAACUUCAAGAUUCCUACCCAAGAAUCUACAUCCGAUCUGACUACAACAGAAUUCACAGCGGGAGUGUAUGGGGGCCAUUCAUCCAUUUCUUUCCGGAAUCCUCCUGAGGUGUACAAUAAAGAGAACUGCAAUUUAUAUGCAAAUGUAAUGGACAGGAAAGAAAAUGAAGCGUUAAAAGGGCUUGUGCAUUAUGCCAGAGGAGAAUCGGAAUCCGCUCUUAAUAUGCGGAUCUCCUGUGACUCAGGAGUCGGUGAAAAGAAAGAGACUAGUGUGCCGUUUUGUAAAAUGGGUUCCAGAAUACCAAGGUCUGUAAUUAUGUGGGAGUCCUGUGAACAGAACAAUAUUCCACAGUGGGAAGGGUGUUCAGAUGCUAAUUCUGAAUCAGUUUCAAGAAAGUGUCAGGCAAAAUGCACUCAGGAUAAUUCCAUAGAUUUGAACAGUCUUGAUGUUGUAAUUAAAGAGAAAAACAAAUUGAAUCGCAGCACUGAUUGCACCAAAGAAGAUGAACUUGGAAUUUAUGUUACCAGUGUCCGUAAUUGGGACAGUGCAAAAAAAGAACACCCAAUGCAAAACAAUUAUAGAAACACUGAAGAUGUUUACAAUGCAUCUGCUGAUCUGUUUAGCUGCAGUCACAAUAGCAUCAAUACAGAGGAGGGGGUGAGCACGCCAUUGAACAUUAUGCCGCUGCAGUCAUCUCUUUGUGUUAAAGAACAUGCUCAUGUGAUGGAUCAUGGUGUUCCACGGGCGUCGGAGUGCCCUUCUUUUCAGGAUCCGAAGGGAAUGCUCACUAGUGGAUUUCACAAUACAGAUUCAGAAUUUUCAGUGUCUCAAGAUUUUGUACCCUCUUCCCAGUCAACUCCUAUUUCAAGGCAGCUAGCCUCUUUACAGCAAAUCCCAAAGAUAUUUCAUAUUUGUGAACCCAACCACCUUAGUCAUUAUGAAACCAGAAGUAACUUACUGACUCGACACCUUCUGAAAGAGCAUAGGCAAAGCAGUUUGCAAACUGAUUUUGGAAUAGAGUGCAAGAGCACAAAAUAUUUCUCUGGAGUAUGUGACAGUGAUGCAGAAGAAUUGAUCCCUUCUUCUGUGACCAAAGUUUCAUGUAUGUUCAGACUUCAGAGAUUGACCAGGAACUCCAGAGGACAUCAAUUUAAGGGAAAUUAUAACUGCAAGAGAAAUUUGUACAACUCUGCUCAUCUUAGGAAAAUACCUUCAAAAGGUGAAAAACAUGAAAAGGCGUUGAACAAACUCAAAACGAUUAAAGAAGCUGUUAAAUGUAACAAGUUAAAAUCAAUACAGAUUUCAUCGAGUCCAAGAAAAGAUUGCUCUCUGACAUAUGGAGACUCAAAUAGAGAGAUAAAGGGUGCAUCUAAUGUGGAUGGUUUUCAGAUAAAUAUGGAUACUGAAGUCAAAGACAGUUUCUCCUGUGAUACAGUCAGCAAUACUCUGUCUGAUGGCCAUGACAGUAUGACUGGUAACUGGUCACAGGACCUCUUUUCUGAUUCUACAGGCUCUUCCUUCUGUUGAGACCAAAAUCUAAGAAAUCUUAAUGAAACGGCAAGAAAUUGGGUUUUUUAGGGGUCUGAAUUUGGAUUUUGCUCCUUUAUAGCACAGGGAGUAGGUGACAACCUCUUAAUCCAGUCUUAUUUUUUUUCCAACAGUUUAUCAAUGAUUUGUAACUGCAAAUUGUUCCUCACAUGUAUUACUUUUCAUCCUCUUGGCUUUUAUAAAUUGCACACAGUGGCUAUGCAGAUUAUAAAAGUUUUAUUAUUUUUAUUAACGGACACAGAAGUGUUAAUGCAUGUGUAAGUGAAAGGUAUUUCUGUAACUCACUAUGGCAAUUUUGCUUACCUUAGUUCAGAGGCAUUCAUGCAAUUGUAUGUAUGGCAAGCCAGUGAGAGUGAUUCAAGCACAGUUUUGGGAGUUAUAUUUUUCAUUCCACCAACUUGCCUUUGAUAAAAUUGUUACUGGAUUCACAUACUCAGAGUUCAAUCUAUGACUGCUAUUUGCCAAGAUCUAAUUUUAACCAAAUUCUUCACUGUAUUGAACUUUUACAUUUGGUACAAAAAGUGUGUUAUGUCCUGUUUUCUUGUUUUGAAAGAAUUAUACGGAUACCCCUGGUAUAUAAUUGCUUGCCAGGUGCAAUAGUGCAUUGUGAAUCUAGGCACUAGUACAGAAACUUAACAUUCAGUUACAUCAACUUCAGUUAAGAACCUGGCUGGAACAUUUCAGUGCUCUGAAAUUAAGCAUGUCCAGCUUCUCCUAGAGUUGCAUAUAUUGUGAAAAAGCAUGUAUUUCAUACUUCAUUCAUGGUAUGUGCUUCAGUAAACAGCAUUAUUAUUCGGAUAGUCAAGUGAAAUCUAAAAAUCAUUUUUGAUGUAUAUUAAUGAAAUUUGUAUUUCAGGUUGAAAGAUUAAUAUGAGGCAGAAAUAUAGGAUUUCAGCUUUUCUUUCUGGGUAUUAUUUUGCAUACAUAUUUAGCUAUGUUAAAAUAAUGUGAUUUGUUGUGUUCAGUCUCCCUGUUUCAGGUGAGCAUGAGUAUUGGGACAAAUGGCUGACAGGUGUUUCUAAUUUCUUGGGUUUUGCUCCUAUAGCAGUAAUUGUGAAAGCAUAAAAAGAACUUUUACUGUAUAUGUUUAUAUAAAUAUUAGAAUUUGUAUAGUAUUUUGUAUAUUUUUGUCAACAUAAUUACUACAUUAAUCAGUCGUUCUAUUUGAAUAAACAUUUGUUUUUGUAUCACUGUUUGCUUCUUCUGCUGCUACUAAAUAUUAAAAAGGAUGACAAUAAUCAGUAUUUACAAAAAAAAGUGGCAUAUUGUUGUGCUUUUAGAUUGUAAUUGUAGAAUAGAGUAUCUGUCCUCAAGACCUGAUUUCAAAAUUUCUCAGCCCCUGCCCCACUCCACAGCAAUAUCUUAAUGGGUUUAAUUGCAACUGAAGAGUUCUAAAAGAGUUUUUGGUAUUUUAGCUGCAAGUGAAGUAAAUGGGUUUGAAGGUGUAAGCGUACAGGUAUGUGAAACUAACCAAAGAGAAGUAACCUUAAUGAUUCAGUUUCGUGCAGCUUCCCUGAAGAAGGAGUUACUGUUAUUUUUCCAGCUCUGUCUGUAACCUAGCCUGGAAAGAAACUGUGCCAAAGUGUUUUAGAAAUGACAUUCUGAUGGCCCUGCUCUGGGGUUGGUCUCUUUUGCAUUGUUGAAAGAAAGCCAAAACUUGGGCCAAGAAAUUGUUUUAAGCUACAAGCUCUUUCUUCUGAUACACAAAGCUUUGAUAUAAUGCACUAGAAAUAAAACCAUCUACAGCAAGAGGCCAAGUAAUAUAUGAAAGAUCAAAUAUUAAAAAAGAAACACCUGAAAAGUAGAGGUUGUCAUUACUGCUUAUUAAUGUUAACUGUUUUGCAAAGUAUUGUUUUUUAAAAAUUAAAUCUACUGUUGGCUGCGUUAUCAUGUUUUUAUUAAACAGUGUAUAUAGUUGUUAAAUACAGCCCAUUUUUGUAUUG